AUGAGGGGUCUUGACCAGGACAUUAAACACCAUAGGUCCGUAUAUAUGUCCAGGAAAGGGAGUGGAGUUACUAAUUCUUUUACUUAUAACGUUUAUGGAUUUGUACUAACACUACAAGUGUGGAUCAAUGAGGUUAUUCAAAACUUUGUCUUUAGAUUUGCCACAAGGAAGAAUGUUGAUGGCCCUUUUCUCCCAAGGAUACUAUUGUAUCAAUCUAAAAGGAAGAACACAUUUCAGGAGAGAAAGGCUGAAUCAGAUGAAGAUGAAGAUGUUGAUGAAGAUCAAGAUGAAGAACCUACUACUGUUCAACCUUCCAAGAGGAAGAGAAAGGUUGAAUAUGAUGAUACAUCCCCCUUAGCAAAGCAGCCACCAAGCGUCGUAGCCUGCGUCACAUUAGUCCCCCAUCCGCAACUUCAACACCUCCAUCAUCACCGGCACCGGCAUCUCCUGUUCAGUGAGGAGGAGAAGAAGGUGAAUGACAUUGGCCUAAAUGACAUUCUUGAUGAAGAAGAUGAGGAAAAGGAGAAUGAGAAGGUCAAUAUUGGACCCAUUUUGCAUGACAGUGUUGAAUUGGAGCAGAAGAAGAUUGAGAAUGAGAAUGAUCUAAUUGAGAAGGAUCUGAUUGAAGAGAACGUUGAGAAUGAGAAUGAUCCGAAUAAGAAGGAUCCGAUUGAAGAGGAGAACGUUGAGAAUGAGAAGGAUCCGCCGAUAGAGAACAUUCUUCAAGAGGCGGUAGUGAAUGAGAAUGAGAACGUUGAGAACGUUGUUCAAGAUCCGAUUGAGAACAUUCUUCAAGAGGCUCAAGAGGCGGCAGUGAAUGAGAAGGAGAACGUUGAGAACGUUGUUCAAGAUCCGAUUGAGAACGAUGAGAUGGUGAAUGAGAAUGAAGAAGAAGAGAAGGUAGUGAAGGCUAAUGUAGUGAAGAAAAAGCAUCCGUUAAAGAAGACUGUUCAGAAGACUAAUGUAGUGAAGGUUAAUGCAGUGAAGGCUAAUGCAGUGAAGGGCUAA